AUGGCACCAGACACAACCAUGGCACCAGGAAAAACAACUGUGGCAUCAGGAAGCACAACUGUGGCAUCAGCAGGCACAACUGUGGCACCAGGAACCCCAACUGUGGCACCAGGGGCCACAACUGUGGCAUCAGGCACAACUGUGGCACCAGGAAGUACAACUGUGGCACCAGCAGGCACAACUGUGGCAUCAGGCACAACUGUGGCACCAGGCACAACUGUGGCACCAGGAAGCACAACUGUGGCACCGGGAAGUACAACUGUGGCACCACCAGGCACAACUGUGGCACCAGGAAGUACAACUGUGGCACCAGCAGGCACAACUGUGGCAUCAGGCACAACUGUGGCACCAGGCACAACUGUGGCACCAGGAAGCACACCU